AUGUCUCUGCCUUCUGCCGAAGUUGCCGCCGAUUUCAGGGAUGCUCUGCAAGAUCUGAAGAUGAACAGUCGGCCUGAAAUCAGCAAUCUAACUAUAAUUGCGAAAGAAAACACAGAACAUGCACAGGCGAUAUCAAGGGAGUUGGAGAAUCACAUACGAGCGACACGUCCGGAGUGGAAGCUACCCGCUCUCUACGUACUCGACUCCAUUGUGAAGAACGUAGGAACGCCUUACACGGUAUAUCUAAGUCGAAACCUGUACAAAACCUUCAUGGAUGCCUACACGCUAGUGGAUUCUCAAACACGAAAGGCAAUGGAAGGCCUUCUCAGGACGUGGAAGCAGCCUGUUCCUGAAUCAAUGGAUACUAGACCAGUCUUCCCACUUGAAGUGACCAGGGAUAUCGAGAGCACUCUGAUAAAGUUCAGGACAGUAGCAUUUCAGACUCAGCAACAACAGGCACGGUCACAGAGGCCUGUUCAGAGCCCGCUGCACGGCAGACCAGCCCUUGCUGCAUCCACGAUUCCCUGGCGGCAUACCCCGACACCCCCGAAUGCUCAGUACGCUCCCCCUUCAACCCCUCAAAGCGCAACAAGUCAAUCGGGUCAUACUACCUUCACACCACCCGUAACUUAUCCGACUCCUCAGCCCGCAGAUAGACUUGGCCAGGAUCUCGAGAGGCUCAUAUCUCAGGCGAAACUAGAUUUCGCAGCCAAUUAUUUUGACACGUCGACACAGCAAAAGCUGAAGGCCUUGCUUGAUCUUCAAACAAUUCUGAAAAGCCAACAGUUACCACCACAGCAGCUUCAAGCUAUACAAGCGGAAGUGGACCGUUUGUCAAGCUCGCUUCCCUCAUCACAGCCCAUGCCAGCAUCAGUAGCUCCUCAACCAGCUCCACAGCUACUAGCUCAAGCGCCUACUCCUUCGCCGAAUCUAGCACAGCUGUUCUCACAGGCUCUCCCCGCGCAAUCUACACCAACCCCAUUAAACCAGCGCCCAACAGCAACUGCGGUACCUGCCCUCCAAAUACCUCCCCGAAUCAGCUCCCCAAGCGCUGCUCCUACUUUUCCGCCAAACCUGGCACAGUUGUUGAAGCAGUCGGUAGCACCGACUGCAACCCCACCACCAUCAACUCCAACUGUGGCUCCGGCUCCAGCUCCAGCUCCGGCUGCGCCUCCAGCCGUACCAUUGAACUUGUCGCAGCUGUUGGCACAAUUCACUACUCCGAAGCCAGCACCCCCUCCGGCACCUCUGCCUGUGGCUCCGCCUCCUCGCGCAGCGUCGAACGGCACCGCCUGGCUGCUUGAAGCCCUUCGCUCGCAGAACCUUGUACCAGGGCAGGCAGCUCCGUCCACUUCGGUCGUUGCAGCAACAACGCCCAUUCCGGCACAAUUACAGGCGAGGCCGCCUCAGCACAGAGCUCAUAAUGUUCAAAACGAUGUGGAGAUGACCACUGCAUCAAUCAGAAGAUCGAGACCACACUUAAAAUUUCUGCUGUAUGAAGCGAAUCCAAGUCAGUGUCAGGAAUGUGGUCGGCGAUUCCCGGCUACCGAGGAGGGCAGAAAGUUGAAGGCCCGCCACCAUGACUGGCACUUUCAGGUCAACAUGCGCCUGGCGGAGGCCGCAAACCGGCCACUCCAGCGUGAGUGGUACUGCGGCGAAGAGACAUGGAUCAAGAUGCGAGAUCGAGCACCCGACAUUGACGCCUUCGAAAACAAGCCAUCCACAACAGCUGCUCAGGAAGUUGAUGGAGGGAAGGACAAGAUGCCUCCAGUCCCCUAUGUUCUGACAUCGACUGAGGCUCUUGGCGCCAGCGUGCAGUGUCCGGUGUGUCACGACACCUUCAAAGCAGUCUGGCAUCCGGAGGCGGAGGAUUGGGUAUGGAUGGACGCAGUCAAACGGGGCGAUAAGAUUUAUCACGCGAGCUGUCUCGCUGAGAUGAGCCGGGACGGUGGUAGCAUUGGCACUCCGCAACCUGCGUCGGCCACGUUAGUUUUAGGGAAGCGGAAGGCUGAAGUUCAUGACCUGAAAGCGCCGUGA